AUGCUCGCUCGCUCAGCCCUCCUCCGCGCCUGCCCCCUGUCCGCCCCCGCCCGGACACUGCCCAUCGCACACCUCAGAGCCAUGUCCACCAGCCCCGAGGCCCCGAUCGUGCCUACCGAUCCAUCUGCCGUGUCCAGCCCCCUCGGCGAAGGCAAGUUCAUCCAGACAGCUGGGUGCCUCAUCAUCGGAGACGAGGUUCUCAACGGAAAGACCAAAGACAGCAACAGCAACUUCUUUGCCCAGUACUGUUUUGAUCUCGGUAUAGACCUAAAGAGGAUCGAGGUGAUUGCGGACGAUCAAGAUGAGAUCGUCGAAGCUGCGCGUCGAAUGACUGAAAAGUACGACUUUGUGAUCACCUCUGGAGGCAUCGGCCCCACCCAUGAUGACAUCACAUACGCCUCCCUUGCCAAAGCUUUCAACCUUCCCCUUGUCCAUCAUCCCGAGACUCUCCGCCGCAUGUGGGCCCUCACAACUCCAGAACGCCGUAAAGAGCUCGAAGCGGCAUCCCAGGCGCAGCGGGAAGCCCGGGAACGAAUGGCGCUCUUUCCUACGUGGAAGAAGGAGGGGGAUGCGAAGAGCGAGGCUAUCUUUGUCGAGGCGGACAAGUGGGUGCCGGUGGUCAGGCUGGGGGGCAAGCUCUGUGUCUUUCCUGGAAUCCCUUCUUUGUUCCAACAACUGCUGUUGGCAUUGACUCCUUACUUGCCGCUGCCACCAGCAUCCUCCAAACCGUUUAGGCAUCUCAUAUAUACCAGGCAACCCGAAUCAGCAAUUGCCCCCUAUCUCACAGAGCUCCAAGCGCGAGUCAAGAAGGAGGGUAUCAGGAUCGGAUCAUACCCUUACCUUUACCAAGGUGUUCACGUCAGUCUGAUCGGGCAUGAUGUUGACCGGAUCAGGUCGCUUGGGGAGGAGGUGAUCAAGGAGCUGGAUGGAAAGGUAGUAUCAGAGGGCAAGUUGGGGGAUGAAUCGGGGUCAAAGUUGUAA